AUGCUUCAGAUGAUUCGUGAGAUCGCGACAUUUUCGGACGUCCACCACGGUGCCAACGAAGACUACGGUGCUGUUCAAACACUCAUGGAAGCAUUUUUCCAGUCGCUCACUGAACAACAACCGGGAAAUGCAGUCCAGGUACUGAUCAGCGUGAUUGUCCUGCAGCCACUCUACGAUGGCACAGAGAUGGGCGCCAAUCGACCACUGACGAAUCAGCUCUUUGAAAGUGAUAUGGUCUUGACUGUAGAGCAAAUGAAAGGAGUCGUGCUGGCAUCGACAGAGCAACGGCGAGGUCUUCGACGUCACAAAAGAAAGGCUUUUGGAGCUCAAGUUUACGUUCAUUUCAAACAUUUUUCCCCAUUCAGAUGCUAUUCGAGUGUGGGACGCACUGGUGGAUCUCAAAUGAUCUCAAUCGGUUAUGGAUGUGAAGAUAAAGGUAUCGUUGCUCAUGAAGUUGGACACUCUCUCGGAUUUUGGCACGAACAGUCCCGUCCAGAUCGUGACCGUUAUAUCACGCUCAACAAACAGUUCAUAAUUCGUGGAACUGAUGGAAAUUUCGAGCGUCGCACUACGCAAGAGAUCGAAGAUAUGGGUCUACCGUAUGAUUUGGGUUCUGUCAUGCACUACGGAUCGAAUGCAUUUACAAAAGACUGGAAUGAAAUUACCAUUCAAACUAGAGACCCAAAUUAUCAGCGGACAAUUGGCCAACGUGGGGAACCUUCGUUCAUUGAUGUGAAACAAGUCAAUCGACUAUACUGCAAUGAUAUAUGUCCCCCGAUGGGGUGUCAGAAUGGUGGCUAUCCUGAUCCAAAUGAUUGCAAAAUAUGUAAGUGCCCAAAAGGGCUGGCUGGAAGGACGUGCGAGGAAAUCCCGCAAGGUUUUUUGGGUUGCGGUAGUGAAUUAGUAGCCACUCCUAUAUGGCAGGAAAUCAGUCAUCGUGGAAAGAGGAAGUGUUUCUGGAGAAUACGAGCACCCAAUUCGCGUAUCCGUUUCAUCUUGAGCAAUGUCAACUAUCGAUGUGAAACAACGUGUAGAGCAUACGUGGAAAUCAAGCAUAACUCAGAUUUCCAACAAACAGGCUUUCGGGCAUGUUGCAAAGAAAAGGAAAUUGAAGUGGUCUCAGAACAAGCAGAAAUGUUGAUAAUCGCCGAUUCUACAGAAUUGGAUUACGAGACAGGGUUCAGUCUACGAUAUAUACAAGAUUCUGGACAACCGCUUCCUAAACCGCCGCCACCCAUCUGGGUCCCAGGUAGCGAGAACCGUGGUUUCCGUGGUGGAACUAACUCUGGUGGUCCUAUCGAAAAGUUCAUUCUCAACGUCAUUCCGAAAGUCAGAUUGAGAAGUAUACUUAGCACCUGUUUCAAAUACAACUUCGGCUUUAGUCUGCCAAGCAGCCCAAUCGAUCUAACGUUCUCUGAUUAG